AUGGCUUCCCCACAACCACCUGCCGACCGCAAAAGCUUUCGAGUUGCCAUAGUGUGCGCUCUGCCUCACGAGGCUGAUGCUGUUACCUUGCUGUUCGAUCAGUUUUGGGACGAGGAACGUGAUCCUUACGGCCGAGCAGAUGGCGACACGAAUACCUACAUCACUGGUCGCAUCGGGGACCACCAUGUUGUUCUGGCUGUUCUUCCAAACAUGGGCACCAACAGCGCAGCGGCUGCAACUGCUAGCUUGCGAUCGAGCUACACUGGUCUUAAACUCGCUAUCCUUGUCGGCAUAUGUGGUGGUGUCCCCCGCAUCGCGAAUUUCGACGCAUUCCUGGGCGAUGUUGUCGUGAGCAAGACCAUCAUCCAAUACGACUACGGCAGGCAAUAUCCCGGGCAUUUCGCCAUCAAGAACACCGUCGAAGACAGUCUUGGACGAGCCAACAAGGACAUCCGGGGCCUGCUUGCAGUCUUUGAAACAGAGCUCAUGAGAGAGCGGCUGCAGAUCGAGGCUUCAAAGCACCUAAAGCAUCUGCAGGAAGCCGGUAAAAAGAAACGACGCCGAGCCAAUUACGACUAUCCUGGGAUGAAGGAAGACAAACUAUAUCCUUCGACAUAUACUCACAGACAUCGAAAGUGGUGCAGCGUAUGUACUAACGACCCUGACGUCUUCUGCGAGUCAGCUUUCAAGGCUUCGUGUGCCGAGGCUGGGUGUGAUUCCACCAAUCUGAUUGUGAGAGAGCGCCCCGGAGAUCUUAUCCAGGGUGGAGAUUUCUGCCCAGAGAUCUUCAUCGGUCGUAUCGGAUCCGGUAACACCGUCAUGAAGAGCGGAGAGGAUCGAGACCGGGUCGCCGCUAGACACGGCCUUAUUGCGUUCGAGAUGGAGGGCGCGGGAGCCUGGGAUGAAGUUCCGUGUAUCGUUGUCAAGGGUAUCUGCGACUACGCAGAUAGCCAUAAGAAUAAAGACUGGCAAAAAUUUGCCGCAGCUACUGCUGCAUCUGUGGCGAAAGCCAUUCUAGGACGAUACGCAGUCCACGAUGGAGAUCGGGGUUCGACCCUAAAAAGCGAUCAACACAAUGCCAACAGACGUAGCAUUGCGGGAAAUUCAUUUAGAGACAGAGCCUGGAUCAACCAGGGUGAUGUGAGAGGAGACCUGACGUUUGGGUCUACAUAA